AUGCACAUGCUCGACAGCCCAACGCCUCCAGUUCCUGAAGAAGACGAGGGAGACGAGGUGGACAGGCCGAUAGGCAGUGAAGGUUCGUCCGGUCUACGCCUACCAUGGAGGGAACGCGAAGUAGAUGCGGAGACUAUAAGUAGGACCAUGGUGAUGUCGUGUGGUUGAUCAUCCUAUUUCUUUGGUCUGUGUUUCACCUGGACCCGAGCAUAGUACUUGCUGUAAUAAGGAUGCUCCUUGUGCAGCUUCUUUCAUUCUUUGAGUCAUAUAAAAUGAUAUUCCACUCAAGUCAUGAUUUGAGAAAAUUUUCAGUCUUUGUUGAAUAAGUUCUGUCUCUAACUUCCGCCACGAAGAGAGCAGCAUAGGCAGUCCAUCAGCUCCUGAGGCCGCUUCACGCCGAGUCCUGUUCGCACCGCAGGAAAGCAGUGAUGCUGUGGGAACUCCCGAAGGCGAUCCCGAGACUCUCAUUAAGAAUUAAGGCUUGCCCUUCUCCAUCUUCUGAGGCAUCCUGAAGAGGCUUUUCAAGGGGAAAAAGCACCCAGGAUGCGCCUCAUUACAGAAGAUGGACUGUACAUUUUGGGUGAGCUCGAAAAGAAGCGGACGGCUUUAUUUGAGAUAUUCUCGCGGAAACACUGCAACUCCAGGAGGAGGAGGAGCGACUACCCCAGGAGGAGUCGCAGGGACAAUGAAUGGUCUUCAGCAACACACAGCGCUAGGGCUUCUCGCAGGACGAGUGGGCAGAGGUCUAGGAUCUGCGGG